CGGGAGCCAGGAUGCCUGGGUCCUUUUCCCCGUGGGCUGUGGAGGGGGGAGCCAGGACGCCUGGGUCCUUUCCCUGCAGGUGGGGAGUUCCUGCUGCGCUGCGCCCGCGUGGGGCCGGGGUCCCCCAAAGCCGCCUUCGCGCUGAGCCGGGACGGGCGCCCCACCAAAGUCCAGCGCAGCAUCUUCAGCGAGUGCUUCUGCGCCCUGGGGCUGGACGAGCUGGGGCGCGCCACGGGGGAGCCCCGCUACCAGCGGGAGGCGCGGGUGCUGCUGGAGGCGGUCGUGCGCUGGGUGCGGGAGGACCCGACGGAGCUGGGACGCCCCCUGCUGGCCGGCGCGACGCCCCACGAGCCGCUGGCCGUGCCCAUGAUGCUGCUGUGCCUGGCUGAGCAGCUGGGGGACGGCGCCGGGGGGCCCCUGGCCGAGCUGGAGGGGUGGUGCGCCCAGCACCUCCUCCGCCACCUGCAGAGGGACGGCAGCGCCGUGCUGGAGAACGUCGCGGAGGACGGGAAGGAGCUGCCAGGCUGCCUGGGGAGACAACAGAACCCGGGCCACGCGAUUGAGGCCGGCUGGUUCCUGCUCCGAUACGCCCAGCGGCAGGGAGACGCGGCGCUGGCCGCUCAGGCCAUCGAGGGGUUCAUGGUGCGGCCGUUCCAGGCGGGCUGGGACCCCGAGCACGGGGGGCUCUUUGCCUUCCAGGAUGUGGACGGGCUCUGCCCCACACAGCUGGAGUGGAGCAUGAAGCUGUGGUGGCCCCAUGCUGAGGCCAUGGUGGCGUUUCUCAUGGCCUACGCCCACAGCCGCGAGCCUGCCCUGCUCCGCCUCUUCCACCAGGUGGCCGAGUACACCUUCGAGCGGGUGAGUGCGGGCCCCGGACGCCUGGGUUCUCGGGGGGCGGGGGGCAGGAGCCCGGACGCCUGGGUUCCAUGCCAGGGCUCUGCUAGAGACGGCAGGUCUCACACGAGCCCUGGGGCAGAGGGAUCGGGGGUACAG